UUUCCAGUGACCGGACGUACCUCAGCAGAUCUCGGAUAUUAUUCUGGUGUCGCCAUCCUGUUCUGGGCAGUACUUUGCCUCCUUAUUCAUCCCCCCUUACCGGUUGUAGUGUUGGAAAGGGCGCAUAAAUUAUAAUCGCGUUCCUGUCCUCCUCCUGCCUUGGGUCAAUCAGGUAGGAUAGCGUGUGGGUGCGCGGAGAUUGGGUAUUGGUAAAUCAGGAAUUGGGAAAGUGUGUCUGUGUGUUUAAUGGUGAAGAGGGUGGUGCAAUCGCUCCAUCAGCACGAGAAACAUAUUUGUGAUGUAUGGGGGGUAAUUACUCGUUUGCUGGUUUUGUCUAUGGGACUUUAACCCGCCUUUAGUGUCCGGUGAAGACUGUCGGUCGCUUGACACGUAAUGGAGUGGAGGUGGCAUGUGUUGUGUAUGCAAGAAUGUACGGAUUGCGUGUCCUUGCCCCCGGUGAUCGCAGUCCAUCGGUGAGGAAAAGCCCCGUUUGGUCGUGUGUGAAAAUAUAGAGCGCCAGCCAUAUGAGUAUGACCGUGGAUUUGGUUCCAUGUAGUGUGGCCUCUGAAUGCGAAGGAUAUAUUUUAUCCAUGGUGUAAUGUUCUGUCAGUCGCGACCAGGAGCCAUUCCUUUAUCGGUCGGCAAGAGAAGCGGUUUGAAAUGGGACAUUGUGAAUUGAAGAAUAAUUGAACAUAAUAACGGUGACACAGUUUUUCAGUUCUUCUGUAAUUCAAGGUUGGGAACGUGUUGCUGCUACACGCAUGCAAAACUUUAUAGAUAGCUUGAAGUGUCCAGGUGAAAAGUUGUGAAUGAGUUUUGAAAAACUUCCUCAAAGGCCCAGUUUGAAUAGACAAGUGCGUUACUCGAAAUAUGACGAGAGGGUGGUGGAACGAGAUUUCAUAAAAAAAAGACAUCAGUAAGAGGACCCAAAAACCACUCGCUUGCACCAAUCAAUUGGCAGUUCCCGGCUAAACGUCGAAAGUCAAACAAAAUCAGGCUUCAGCGGACUUUUUUUUAAUCGAAAUUCAUCUAAUCAUUCACACCCUCUUUUGGUAAACAUAAAUAAAACUCGCUUGCGAAUGAAAUGACAAAAACUCUUACAGUAGAUCAGGAGGUGACUAACAGUUGUCAAACAUUAUGAGAACAAAUAUCAGUGAAGCGACAACGGCCAUUUGCUUUUCAGCACCGGCGUCAAAGAUUGAGUGAAUAUUUUCCCAAAGGUGACGCGCAGCCUGGAAAAACGACCCAUGGGACCGAAUGAUGGUUCUGAGCAAACAGUUCCAAAUGCAGUGCUUUAAUUUACGUUGUUGUUUUUCCGUUCGCUUUGAAGCUUUGAAUUGACGGCUUUCCGUUCGUUAGUAAAUGUUCCUGGAUAGACACCUAAUGUGUGCCCCUAGUUCCUCACGGGUGUAUAAAAUAUGUUACAGUAAUUGGGAAGCUUAUUUGUGUGGUGAUUUUGUCCUGCGAUAAAAGUGUGUCAGUUUAACGUAUGUUGAUGUUAUUGUUGUUAGAAUAAUCAAUCAAUCAAUCAUGGUGUACAAACCCCCAGGGACUUCAACGUCCUUCUCAAGGAGUCCACCCUCGUCACGUGGCCACUCGCCGACGCCAUCGACGACACGACUCUCGCUUAGAGGAAACUCCAUUCGUGGAAGUGGUGCCACGUCGUACAACUCCAAAUCGGUGUCUAAUCUGAAUAACUACAGAGACAAUCAGGCGGCUGCCCGGGGCCAGAGGGGUGGGCGGCUGGCCUUUGGCGGAAGUAGUGAAAGCUUUUCCAAUGGGCGCAAAGUGAACAAUAACCUAAAGGCUGCUUCCGAAAGUGGUGGCGGCAGCAUGAAGCGAUCCAACAGUUUGAACAGCAAAAAUAAUCGAUCGACCAGCGUCGAGAGGAUGAAUAAUGGGAAAAUCUACCGUGGCCGAAGUCCGCUGCGGAAUUCUACCUCCAGUUUGCAGCACCUCCAGAUGAGCCAACACGGUUCGAAUCCGCCAGCUCGGAAUCAACCCUUCUUGGUGCGUUCUAGAGGAAAUGACCGCGGGAGCAUAGACAACCUCGAAAAUAUCACUCAGUCUUCGAACGGUAGUGGAAGUUCCGCUCCCGGGACACCCGAGGACAACAUCAACGUUGUCGUGCGGGUUCGUCCUUUGAACGCCAAGGAAGCACGCCAUGGGGACGAUAUGGUGGCCCAGUUCCCCGGAAACGGACAGAUUCUGUGCGAGGGAAUUCCGGCGGUUCCGGGAAGCGGCGGACAAAAGCCGAAGCUAUUUUCAUACAACGUGGUCUUCGAACCGGGUGCCACUCAAGACGACGUGCUCGAGUAUUCAGGUGUCAAGCGUCUGAUUGAAAUGGCCAUCGAGGGGUUCAGCUGUACGGCAUUCUGCUACGGUCAAACUGGUUCCGGGAAGACGCACACCUUGACCGGGCCACCGGAACUGUUUUAUGGAAAACCUGACCCACAGCACGAAAACCACGGUCUGGUAUUCCGAUCCUUUCUGUAUCUUUUUAAAUUGCUGCAGGAACGAAAGGAUACCAACUUCAUUCUUAAGGCCUCGUUCCUGGAAAUCUACAACGAAAAGGUUAUCGAUUUGCUGAACCCAGGAACUGCCCGGAAACCGUUGGCUGUCCGAUGGUCCAAGAAAUCGCGUGGAUUUUUCGUGGAAAAUCUUUUCACCGUUGAUUGUGAGGAGCUGGACGAUUUACUUGCAGUAUUGGAAGAAGGUAUGCGGAAUCGAUCCGUCGGAUGCCACUCGAUGAAUGACUACUCGUCCCGGAGCCAUACAAUCCUAACGGUUCACAUUACCUCGGAACAGCAAGCGGAAGGGGGAGUUUUCAUCUCCAAGCAGGGCAAGAUAAACUUUGUCGAUCUGGCUGGCAGUGAAAUGACCAAGAAGACGCACAGCGAGGGCAAAACCCUGGAGGAAGCAAAUAACAUUAACAAAAGUUUGAUGGUUCUAGGUUACUGUAUAGCGUCAUUAAGUGAUUCCAAAAAACGCAGUGGACAUAUACCCUAUCGGGAUAGUAAGCUGACCAAGUUGCUGGCAGACAGCUUAGCUGGUAAUGGCGUUACUCUAAUGAUUGCCUGCAUAUCUCCGGCUCGAUCGAACAUAACCGAAACGUUGAACACGCUACGCUAUGCCGCUCGAGCGAAAAAGAUUCGAACCAAACCGAUCAUCGUGAUGGACCCGAGGGAAGCGUUGAUUCUGAGCCUGAAGCGGGAAAUCGGAGCACUACAGGUGGAAAAUGAACACCUUCGAUCGGCGCUGAAUCUGCAGUCGGAAUCCCAGGAAAUCAACAGCCAGAUAGACUUCCUCGAACGGCGGCCUGCGGCAGUUCGAACACCACCAAAGGUCGAUCUCGACAAGAUAACCGAUAUGGAAAGCAACGAGCUCAAGGAACUGGUCAAGUUGUACAUGCUGGAGAAUCAAGCCCUGCGGACGGAGAAUUCCGAACUGUACAGCACCAGGGACAUGGUGAUGCGUGACCAGGAACUGGUCUGUCGGGAGAACGAAAGACUGCUCAAAAAGUUGGAGGAUGUGAAUUCGGUGUGUUGCCGUUCGCCAAUAAUUCCCGCGAGGCCGACCUUUUCGGCAGAAAUGUUGAACCUCUCGGCCAGCGGCGAAGACAUCUCCAAUGUGUGGCAAAAUGCGCUCAGUGCCAGCAGCGAUAGCAUGGGCAGCGUUGGACGGAUCAAGACCGAUUCGCUGGACGGACGAGUAUCAGCGAACGAGAACAAAAUCCCGGAACUGCUGCAGAAGGAGCUGGACAAACGAAGAAUUGGCGACAGCAUCAACUUGAUUGCGAACAACCUUAAAAGACACAAUUCCUGGGAAAACAACAAUCGCUCGCCUGGUACUCAGAGUGUGAAACUUGCAUCUCGGAAGGGUUCGGCGGACAGCAGACACUCCGAUCAAUCCCAAAGACGAGCUUCUCAGACUCGGAUCAUAGACCUUAAAGUUCGUUCAUUUCCGUAUUCGCCUGACGGGCUCGGUUCGUCUUGGUCCCUGAACCGACGACCGGCCAGUAGUAGUGUUAGCACAACCCUCGCUACCAAUUCGCUCAACAAUCGGCAAUCGCCUUUGCUGUUGAGGAAGCAGAACAAUAUGCUUAGCAAAAGUCGUUCUACAGACGAGAGUCUUCUGCCGAUGAAACGCAACAUUUUCGGCAGUUUGGUUUCGCUAAAUGCAGACAACGAGGCACCGUCGUUGACUUGAAUGGUUCUGUUUAUGAUCAGCUAAACGAUGCCUUUCUACACACUGCUCGCAAGCUUUAUUUUCACCCAGACGUCAGUACAAGGUGUGCUCGUAAUGGAUUUUUAAUUCUCAGCGCAGGAACAAGUGAUAAUCGUGAUUGGUACAAGAUUAAUCUAGGAUACGCAUAUCGUAAUGAUGAAUGCCAUUAGUGAGAGUUGGAAUCGAGUGUGUUUUAUAGAUAGAUUGAAACGGUUGAUAUCUCGAACUGUGGAGACAGUAAAAUGAUCUGUGAAUUUCAAGUUACCUACCUACUUACCAAUAAACAAUGAAA